GACAAUGUUCGAAUAUCACCAAAUGGCAUUAUUUAUUUGAGCUACACGUAUUGCACUAAACGGUUGGUUUAUAUAUAAAUGCAUGUUGAUUGAUUGAAUCUUCAUUAGUUUCGAACAAAAUUCUCUUGCACCGAAGUUUCUAUAAGUUAUUCACUUCUUUAUGAAAUUGUGUAUUAAAUUUUGAUCUUUGAACUUUUUUCGUGCAUUAUAAAAUACCUACAUUAAUAAGCUCGUUUUAUUGAUACGUUCGAGUUGAAAUUUUAAUUCUUAAAAUGAAAGUGCAAUUUACGGGAGUAUUAAUAGUAUGGUGUCUUCAUGUUUUAAAAUGUCAUUCGACCCCUCUGACUGCAGAUUUUGUAAAAUGUCGAAGCCCAAAAUAUUACCAAUGCUACGAUUCAAAGUGCAUCCUUUCCGCAUCGGUGUGUAAUGGAUUCAAAGAUUGUGACAAUGGUGCAGAUGAAAUUGGUUGCAAUAAAACGGCGUCAACUGAUUUUCGAUGCGGUGAUAAGAUGUAUAUUCCGGAAUCGUGGACUUGCGAUGGCCAUACUGAUUGCUUAGAUAACAGCGAUGAAACAAUUGGAUGUGAACAGAAGAAAUGCAAAUAUGACGAGUUCCAGUGUAAAAAUAAUAUAUGCAGACCUUUGGCGUUCAAAUGUGAUGGUAUGUUCGACUGUAGUGAUCAUUCGGAUGAAGAAAAUUGCGAUUACCCGACUGUAGAUAUGAGCAACUGCACGUUGAGUAAUGGUAAAUUCGCUUGCAAAGACAAAUUCAAGUGCAUCGAUAUCAACAAAACGUGUGAUCUUCAUACAGAUUGUUUUGAUGGUUCGGACGAAAAAGAAGCUUGUUCCACUGGUCGGAUUACUAUCGCUGAUUCUAAAUCCAAUCUUACCUCAUCGAAAAACUCUAAAGAAAAUCAUUUUGUACUUAGUUUAAGUUUUGAUUAAAAUACAUACUAUUUCUAUUUUUCGGUAAGAA